CGCAUUUGCAUUUUCCACCAGCAUCCGACCUGACGCUCUAUACACCUCACCGUCGUCACCCUGCACACACCAUGUCGACAAUGUCAGCACUCGAGCUAUCGCGCCAGCUCACCCUGCGCGCCAUGCGCAACCCACAAACCACCCUCCUCACCCGCUCACUCGUCCUCUCCCGCCCCGCCAGCAGCACCUCAAAACCAGCAGUACCCAGAGGCCGUCUACUGGAGAAACCCACACGCUUCAAUCCUCCCUCCCAUCCAGCCCGUCUACCUCGUCGUAACAGACAGCCAGCCUUCCAGGUCCCUCUGAGCGCCAAAGACCGUGAACAGCAAAAGAAGAAGCAAUAUCCACAUAUGCUGCCACCAGAGGGAACAUUUCUGCAUUGGUUCCUCACGAAUCGGAAUAUUCAUGUUUGGAUCACCAUGUCCAUCCUCAUCUCCCUAGCCUUUUUCACCUGGCUAAACAAUUUCCUCGCAAAUACACCCUAUCUCGAUCAACUACCCCCCAACAACAUGUUCCUCUCCCACCCCAUUGCCUUUUUAUCCCGCUAUGCAGAAGUCUACAACCUGCACUCGCAAUACAUUUCCGCCGUCACGGCAGAGCAAAGGAGGAAUAAAGUGGACGAUGUGAGGAAAAGAGGGGAAUUUAGAAAGGCGCAUGGAUUAGAUGAGCAAGAGGGUAUUUUUGGGGGUUGGAGUGCUAGGGAUACUGGGAAGGAGGCAGUCGAGGGGUUGGGGAAUGAGAUGCCGGUGCAAAAGGAGAUGCAGAAGGAAAAGGAGGUUUUGGAGGCUGUGGUUGAUAAAGAGGGGGGUGCGGAGGUGUAUGCGGAUUUUGAGGGUAGGAGGAAGCCUAUCAAGAAGUGGUUGGGUAUCUGGUAAGGGGAUGAGAGAGAAGAGAUGUUUAGGUUUUAGGAAUGGAUG